GAAAGGCCACGAGGAGCCGCGGCGGCUCAGGAGCGGGUGGUGGGCGUCUGAGAAGUCGCCACCAUGAGGAAGCUCUUCAGCUUCGGGAGACGCCUGGGCCAGGCGCUCCUGAGCUGGGACCAAGAGUACUCCGGUGGGAGGUACCACAUUCGGGACGGGGAACUGCGGAAGAUCCACAGGGCUGCCAUCAAGGGCGACGCCGCGGAGGUGGAGCGCUGCCUGAUGCGCAGGUUCCGGGACUUGGACGCCCGCCACAGAAAAGACAGGACUGUUCUACAUUUGGCCUGUGCCUAUGGCCGUGUGGAAGUGGUCACUCUCUUGCUGGACAGAAGAUGCCAGAUCGACAUCUGUGACAGAUUAAACAGGACACCUUUAAUGAAGGCUGUACACUGCCAGGAAGAGGCUUGUGCCAUUAUUCUCCUGGAACAUGGCGCCAAUCCAAACAUUAAGGAUAUCUACGGCAACACUGUUCUCCAUUAUGCCGUGUAUAAUAAGGGGACUUCACUGGCAGAAAAACUGCUUUCCCACCAUGCAAAUAUUGAAGCACUAAACGCGGAGGGAAACACUCCACUUUUGUUUGCUAUAAAUUCUGGGAGACAGCAUAUAGUGGAAUUUUUAUUGAAGAACCAGGCAAAUAUACAUGACAUUGACAAUUUCAGAAGAACAGCCCUCAUACUUGCAGUACUGCAUAACUUGUCAAGUAUUGUCAGCCUCCUCCUUCAACAAAAUAUACAUAUCUCUUCUCAAGACAUGUUUGGCCAAACUGCCGAGGAUUAUGCUGUUUGUUGUGAUGUGAGAAGCAUUCAACAACAAAUUUUGGAACAUAAAAAUAAGAUACUUAAAAAUCAUCUUCGAAAUGACAAUCAAGAAACAGCAGCCACGAAGAAUGAAUGUUUUAAAACACAAGGAGCAAGUUCAAAAGAACACGACUUAAAAGUGUCUUCAGAGGAAAAGCAAGAAAGGCUUGAAAGAAGUGAAAAUAAAUAGCCACAGGAUUCUCAAAGUUAUGGAAAAAAGAAGGAUGCGACGUAUGGAAAUUAUAUGUUGAAGAGAAACAUUGUCAUGUUCAAACAGGAAUUCUACACAAUAAAAAAUGACAGUCUCAGAAAGGAAAAGAAAUAUAUUCAGGAAAUUAAAAGUAUUACAGAAAUAAAUGUUAACUUUGAAAAGAGUAUAAGACUCAAUGAAGAAAUGAUAACAAAAAAAGUGGCCUAGUAUUCGCAACAGCUUAAUGAUCUGAAAGCUGAGAAUGCAAGGCUGAAUUCAAAAUUGGAGAAGGAAAAACCCAACAAAGAAAGACUAGAAGCUGAAGUUGAAUCCCUCCAUUCUAGCCUGGCCACUGCUAUUAAUAAGUACAAUGAAAUUUUGGAAAGAAGAAACCUAGAACUACUUUUAUGGAGAGCAGAUGAUGUUUCUAGACAUGAAAAAAUGGGUUCUAAUAUUUCUCAACUAACAGAUAAGAAUGAGUUCCUUACUGAACAGCUCCAUAAAGCUCGGGUGAAGUUCAAUACCUUAAAAGGUAAGCUCUGUGAGACAAGAGAUGCUCUCAGGGAAAAGACAUUGGCUUUAGAAAGUGUACAGGUGGACCUAAAGCAAGUGCAGCAUCGAAUAAAGGAAAUGAAGCAGAUGCAUCCAAAUGAGGAAGCUAAAGAGAGUCAAUCCAUUGGAAAGCAGAACUCUUUAGAGGAGAGAAUACAUCAACAAGAACUUGAAAAUCCCUUGCUUGAACGACAACUAGAGGCUGCUCAUAAGGAAGGCAAUAAUAAAGAGAUAGUCACUAAUAUCCAAGGAGACUGUCUUGAGAAUGGAAACGAAGCUCUUCUUCCAGAAGAAAAAAAUAAGGAAUUAAUGAAUGAAUGUAAUUAUUUAAAAGAAAAACUGUUUCCGUAUGAAAAAGAAGAAGCCGAAGGAGAAGUGAUUGUGAGACAACUUCAAGAAGAACUGGCCAAUCACCUUAAAAAAUUUUCUAUGUCAGAGUCUCCACUGGAAGGUACAUCACGUUGUCAUAUUAAUUUGGAUGAGACACGGGCUUCAAAGAAGAAAUUAUUUCAAGUAGAAAGUCAACCUGGAGAAAAACGUGAAGAAUUCAGAAAAGUUUUUGAAUUAAUAUCAUCACUGGACUAUAAUGUGGAUCAAAUAAGAAAGAAAAAUCAUGAAUUAGAAGAAGAGGCAACUGGAUAUAAGAAAUGUCUAGAAAUGACAAUAAAUAUGUUAAAUGCAUUUGGAAAUGAAGACUUCAGUUGCUAUGGAGACUUAAAUACAGAUCAACUGAAAAUGGAUAUUCUGUUUAAGAAGCUAAAACAGAAGUUUGAUGAUCUUAUGGCCGAGAAGGAAGCUGUGUCUUCAAAAUGUGUCAAUUUGGCCAAAGACAAUGAAGUUCUUCAUCAGGAGUUAUUAUCUAUGAGAAAAGUACAAGAGAAAUGUGAAAAACUUGAGAAGGAUAAAAAGAUGUUGGAAGAAGAAGUAUUAAAUCUUAAGACACAUAUGGAAAAAGAUAUGGUAGAACUUGGCAAAGUACAAGAAUAUAAAUCGGAGCUGGAUGAAAGGGCAACGAAGGCAAUAGAAAAAUUAGAAGAAAUCCAUUUACAGGAACAAGCAGAAUAUGAAAAACAAUAAGAGCAGUUAAAUAAGGAUAAUACGGCUUCACUAAAAAAGAAGGAACUCACACUUAAAGAUGUGGAAUGUAAAUUCUCCAAAAUGAAAACUGCUUAUGAAGAGGUUACAACUGAAUUAGAAGAAUAUAAGGAAGCCUUUGCAGUAGCAUUGAAAGCUAACAAUUCCAUGUCAAAAAAAUUAACGAAAUCGGAUAAGAAAAUAGCAGUGAUCAGCACCAAGCUCUUUAUGGAGAAACAGCGGAUGAAAUAUUUUCUCAGCACUCUUCCUACGAGGCCAGACCCAGAGUUACCUUGUGUUUAAAAUCUUAAUAGUAUAGGACUUGACAGAAAAUAUAUCCCCAAAACGGCCAUAAGAAUUCCUACUUCAAACCCACAGACUUCAAAUAACUGCAAGAACUCCUUGACUGAGAUGGAGCUGGACUGUGUAGAACAAAUUACAGAAACAAAGAAAACUUUUGCUGUGUUGGGCACUUGCUCCCGUCUACUUUCUUCUCUAGAAUCCACUGAGUUGGAGCCACCGAGGAAGCACAGGCGAGCCCUUCCCAUCACACGCUCACUAGUCCCCAACAGAAGAACCGCUGCUGCGUCCACUGAGUUAGAGACACACAGCAGUCUCUGUGAGUGGCUCUGCGUGAAGGAUUGUUUUCUAGGUGAGAGGCACAUCUCAACAUAGCUGACUGAUCAGACUCAGCAAUUCCAUUCUGCAUGUCCUCUGGACACCCCCAGGACCACCAGGACAACCCCAUCAUGGCCCUGUCACCAGGCCCAGUCUGGCUCCAUGAUAAUCAAGACUCAGGUCCAGAGACAACCGCCCUACUUGGUGCCUGCAUCUGACCCCCCUUGGUGGGUAGUGACCAGCACAACAUGGAAGAAGCCAGGGCAGCAUGCAGCCAGCUGCCCUGCAGCCCCAGAUGACACCUGGGCCUUGGGAAGUCAUUCUCAAAGGGGAAGCUGGAAACUUUGAUGUCCCUGAAGGGAAGGGUGAACGUGGCAUCCUAACAACCCUGGUAGCCAGCAGCAUCUUCUUAUUCAACCUGUGGGACAGAGGCCCCCUGCUGGGGAA